AUGACUGAAGAUAUUGAAUUACAUACAUACAAUCAAACAGUAGUGAGCGACUCAGAAGAUUAUUAUGAAAUUGAUCAAGCAAAGCUUGAAACAGCAGUGUCGUUGGAACAAUUGACACGAGUUAAAUUAAAUCCGAAUUUUCCUAACAUUGAAAAAAAUUUAAAUGAAUCUAACAAGGAUAUUCAGAUUCGGUAUGUGAAACCUCAUAUAUUCAACGAUUAUGUUUUUGAUACCUAUAGAGAUGACGUAAGUAAAACUGCAAAGUUUUUGGAUAUUUCGUUCAAAAAUAUUUAUUUUAUGCAUCAUCACGAAUUUUCAUUAGAAAAAAUACUUACAAUACAGUUAGAAGCAUAUUUUAGAAAAUAUACCGAUAUUCAGAUUUCUAUUAGGGAAGUAUCACGGUCUAUCGAGGUUAAUAGAAAAACGAGAGAAAGCCUCCUAGAAAAAUUCAUUACUAUAACUCCAAACAAGAAAAAUGAGAUAAGGUUUGACUCAACGAUAAGAAAAUAUACGGAAGCAUUACUAAACAAUAAAGAUCAAUAUUUAAACAUCUUGAAGGAAAAGAGAGAACUUGCUAAUCAAAUUAUAUCUAUAUGGUCGGAUCUACGAAAAGUAAGACAGCAAAAUGGUGCACUUGAAACAUCUAUAGAAAUUGAAAUUAUAAAUUCAACUUGGACUGACGAUGCUUUUUCGAAGGAAUGGAACAAUAUUUUUGAAAUUGAAUAUUCGGAUAAGCUUCUUCAAUAUGAAUUUGACUAUGUAAGUAAAUACUUAGAAUACAAAGAAAUCAGGAAAAGUAACGAUGAAGCCAAACGUAAAAUUUCAAAACCAAAAUUAAAUAUUAAUGCUGAGGAAAUCAAGAAUGAAGUCACUAAAUUUAAAAUAUAUGUGGAUGAUGUUUUUGUGUGUGAAACGGAAAAUGUUAGUGUUGAAGAUUUUUCAAAAAUAGAUUACAGUGAUUUUGUUACUCUGCAAAUUCUAGAGAAUAAUAAAGUUAUUUCUAUCAUACUAUGUGACAAUGAUUCAGAUGUGUCAUACUACAGUUUUAAUAUAAAUGAAAUUCGCAAAUCGUUCAUAAGCACAGAAUUUAAUGAAAGGACUUUUAUUGGUGAUAAAAUAAUUAAGCCAAAUUCGGAUAGCGUAGGUAGUGGUCUAAGUUUUAAAGACAUCGCAAGUUAUUAUAAAGUUAGACUCAAGAGUAGCAAUUUUUUAAAAGGUAACUUGUACACAAAAUGUAAAGUUGCAUUAAAAAUAGGUUGGAACGAUAAACUGAGCGAAAGCCAAAACGAAGCAAUAAAGAGUUUUGCAAACAUAGAACAACAAAUUAAACGUAUGAUGUAUAAAGGGGAUGGUCGGAAUUUAAAUAAUCUGUUAGAAAUAAUCAAUAAUAUUUAUGAUUACAAUAUUGAAGAUCAAAGUAUAAUAGAUUCUUUAAAAGAUAUGUGCAGAAGUGUAGCUAAAAAUGAUGACACUACAUUCGUCGAUGAAAGCGCUGAUAGUGUUCGUUUCAAACUGUUGAGUUUAAGAAAUGGCGGAGGAUUUUUAAGCGUAACAAAUAAAUCUAUACCAUUAUUUCAAACGCAAAUUACCACUGAGCAGCUUAACUCUUUGCAAAAAAGCGAGGAAAAAGAAUUUGAUGUGGAAUAUUUUGAAAGUAAACGUAUAGAUAUGGAUCCCAUAGAUUUGCAGAGGUAUAUGGGAAUGCGGUUCGUUGAUAAAUUAAAUAGAAAAAUUACAACAGAAUUGAAUGAGCGAUUAUUGAGAAAAACACACAAGGAUGUUGUUAUGGAUUUUAAGGAUUUAAGUCUGAGAAGUUUAUUCGCCAAUAAACAAAACAUAAACCUAGAUCAGUCUUCAAGUGUAGUAAGAAAACAAUUAAUAGAAGAAGGAUUAGCGAAUGAGCAGGAAAUACACGUCUCUGUAUUAAGAGCUUUAAAUUUAUUCGAUCGUAGAGUUGAAGAGGAUAGUGACACUGACUAUGAAGAUAUUGCAGGAUAUCGAAUGCGUCGGCUAAGACCAUUCGUCAGAAUAAGCUACCACGGCGAGACAGUUCAGAGUCCCCUAGCGGUUGGUAGUCAUCCGACAUGGAAUUACACGGCCAAAAUAAAAACCAAACUCGAUCCCUUGUCGUCCAUACAUAUAAACUUAUAUGAUGAAUAUAGAAUUAAUAUCAGUCAAGAUUCAGAUAUCUCCAGUCAAUCUUAUCGAUACAGAUGUUAUAAUAAAUGGUUGGGAACCGUUGCAAUUCCAAUGAACACAGUCAUUAAUUUGGGCACACUCUACGGUACAUUUAAAGUUACAACGCCGCCAUUUCUUUUUGGCUACGAAAGUAACACAGCGGAAUCGACGUCAAUCAUACCAGAAAUAAUGCGAUUAUUGAGAAAGGACACCGCUUUCAUUACGUUACGUGUAACAACAAGCUUAUCACAUUUAGGCGGAUGUGAAUUUUACAAUCGGCCAAUGGAAACGGACGAUCCUAUUAUUCAGCAUUUAAAUAGUUUCAUAACAGAUUAUUUAGUAGAUUUCCCGACCAGAAACAUAACGUUGACCUUCAUAGAUAGUUCAGGAACAAACAAACCCGUCACUGAAUUUAUUCAGUCUUUACCGGACGUUUUUUUAAAGAACGCAAAAAGAGCAGAAUCUGCGUCGAAAAGUUCCUCUUCCGGUCGUAAGAAGAGUACAGAUAAUAUAAAUGUAAGAGAGGAGAGCGUUUUUGAAAUAGAAAAGCCUGAUGUUUCUCUAUCACAAAUGAUGAAUAUGGCCGUGCGCUAUGUGUCAUUGAUUCCUACAUAUGAGUUGGUUGAACCUCAUGCUGUGACGUUGAAGGGAAUUGAGUUAUUAAAAGUCCAAUAUGGGUCGCCUCUUGAUCACACUUUAUUGCUAGCCAGUUAUUUUGCUCAUUUGGGCAUCAAAUUCUGGGUUGUCGUUGGUCACGGUUUACCUAGAGGAUUAAGCAGUUACGUAAUGGUAAAAUAUCGAAGCAACAGAAUUAUUACGGUCGAGGAUACGGAGAGCAGGGGAUUCUUUAGCAAAGAAGAUAUUAAUAAGGUGGUCGUAUUUGAUGCUGUUAGCGGUGAGAAGCAUGAUGUUAGAGAUGUUGGAUGCCCAUUAAAAAGUGUAAACUACGUGUUUAAUGGUGAAAAUAUAUGGGUGAAUGUGCAAUCCACAAAAGACUGCGAAAGCUUAUCAUUUGAUUUUACAAAAUCUUCAAACUGGCUAUCAGUUUUUAAUAACGUUAUGUUUGUGAUGCAACAGCCCGCUAUCACUUCUAACAUCUACAGCUCACCAGGUGACGUCGAAAAUUUAAGAAAUGAUUUGGAAACUAAAAUCAAAACAAAAAUACAAAAAUGGCGUUGGAAUGUUAGGACCAUAUGGAAUAGGUACCUAAGCAAUUUAUUGCGGGAAUCGUUACCGUAUUGGGAGUAUUGGAGCUUUAAUCCAGAAUCUGAAAAGCCUACUUUAGGCCAUAGACUUAAACAGUUGAUGGUGACAUAUAAGAUAUUUGGUUUCCCGUUAAACAUGCACUAUCUUAACGCCAAAUAUGUGGUAGCUCGAGUAAAAUCUACGAUGGUUCAUAUGAGCGACGACCCUAAAGUAGAGUUUGGUUUGGCUGUCGAAGUGUACGCUUAUCCUAAUAACGUCCUAAGUGUGUGGGUGUUUAUUGCGAGUAUGACUAGAAUAUAAUUGAAAUAUUAAUUGUUGUCUUUUAUUGAACGGAAAAUCCAAAUUUUACCUCAAUGUAUUACGUUUAAAUAUAUUAUGUUCAAAAGAUGAUAUAAGGGAAGAAACAAAAACGAUUAUCAGAAGAGCAAUAUAAAAUUUAUUAUUAAACUCAUCGGGAAUCUUAAACGAAUUAAUUUAAUUUAAAUAAAAAAUAGAGAUUGUAUGUCUUUUUGUUUUAAUGCUAACAAAAUAAAAUUAACAUUUAUUUCAUUGCUGUAUAAAAAUAUACGUAAAGUAGAAAAAAAGAGAUGUUACAAUUACGUGUUUCGACUCGCUCACAUGAUACCAACUGUCAUACCAUAGACAACAUGCAGUACCGCCUUAGACUAUACCCAAGUGUUAAAAAAAAUUUAGUCCAUUGAUCUAAGAAUGUGCCAUUAAUUAUUAUCAAUUAAUCAAAAUAAUAAAUAACUAUUGAAUGACGUAGAGAAAGGUUGAUUAUCAUAUUUUACUUCGAAUAAUAAUUCAAAACACAUUCAUCACAAUUUUAUUAAAACCUCAGAAUAUUUUACAAAAAUAAUUUCUAUAUCCAGAUAGGUACAAAUAGCGUUACAUUAGGAUAUAAAUUAAGACCUAGCGCUUACAAUAAAAUGCCCACGACUGGGACAGACUCCAUAUGACUUAAGUUAUUUCAUUAAAAAGCUUAUUGUUUUAUUUCAUUAGGUGAAGAUAUAUUUUAUAAUAGUCUGAUAAUUAUUUCGAACGUCAAUCGAGCAUGUCACUAGCUUUACAUAAUUAAAUAAUUAUGAUACUGUCGUAAUUACUUUAGAUAUAAGUUGAGCUCAGUAUAGUUGACGUCAAAUAGCUACAGUUUAAAAGCAUGAUGGCGUCGACGGCAUUCUUUUGGCGGCAAUCGAUAUCGCGUUGCUAUGGAAACCAAUGUUACGAGUCGCCCUCACCCCGGUCGACCUAAAAUCGGCCAUCGCUCAAAUUCUAAUUGUCUGGCGCCAAAUCACGCUAUGAAUAGUGUUAUUAUUUAAAAAAAUUUAUGAUGAACAUUUUUUAUCGCACAAUAUUUUCAGUCACUCGUUACACAGAAGUACCACAAAUAAGUGUCGCUUGUGCAAAUAAUAAAUCUUCAUUAGUAUGCGGUCAUUUUUUUCAAUAUUUACUGUCCAAUGAUUGCAGGACUCUCGUUCUUAUAUAUCAGUUCCAUAAAAGACCUGAAACUUAAUUUGUGGUUCUGCUGCACUCAAAUAUGAACACAAUUCAAAAUGUGGCUUACUUUUGGUAGUUUUAAUUUUUAAAAUUGUUAAGUAACCAAUGCGUUAUUAUAAUUAUCAUUAAAUAGCACACACAACUGACAUACUUUCCUCAGACCAAUUCAACUCGCAGAGAAUUAAAAAAAAA